UGUCACGUGAUUUUGUGUACCUUCUUCAAGAUGGCGGACGUGAGAUCUCACGAAUAACAUCAGACGGAUUUCAGCAAAAAAAAUCACUUGUGCGACUGAAACACAAUCUUCGAUGGAACUAAAGUAAAACGUAUUAGGUCACGUAUGACUAUGCACAGGGAAUCGAUGGAAGAGUUAGACUUAUUAAAGUCUAACUCGGCGGCAACUUCGGCGAACUUGGAAUCUGAGAGCUCGGGACAAAGCAACGAAUCCACUGUCAAAAGCGUUCUCUCGGCACUCAUAGAAGAGAACCUUUCCAAGCUGUUUGAAUGCCUUAAAGUGGAAUAUGGAAAGCAUGUUCUGGUGUCCCCAAAGUGGAAAAACUUUGGGAGUCAAAAGCUUGCAUUUUCUGAGAAGACCAGACUAAACAACGCCAUAUGGAGAUGUUGGCAUUUGCAGUUCAAGAAAGGGAAAAAGCCAUUGUUUUGCCAAUUUGUCUCGCCAUUAUCAGAGGAGCGUGAACCUCCAAAGAAUACCCAUCUAGCAGUGAUUCUUGAGGGGAGGUACUGGAGACGUAAAUUGGAUGCUGUAGCAAGAGAGUACAAGCGAUGGCGGGUUUACUACAAGAAAAAGACCCAGGAAGCUGAGGAAGCAGACCGCCAAAGAUUAAGGAGUUUGAGCAUCAGUAGUGGAGAUGAAACAGUUUCUAACCAGAGCCCAGCCAUGGCUCAGAUGAUGCAUAUCAUGGACACCCACAUCAGUACAGAUGUCAUGCUCUCUUCACAUCCUGAUACCCUGUUCACCUCAAAAAGCAAGCACCAGCUGAAGGAAGAGAGGCAGACACCAAGGGAUGUAAUGUACCAGCCAACUCUGGACAGCCUUCAGCCCAAUCUGGACGAGUUUGUGGAACAUAUUAGUAGCCUUGCAGAUCUUAUUCAGCAAGAUGAGACCUUCACAAGUUCCCCGAGAAUGGCCAGUCAGAGAUUCUCUGCAGAAGAUGUCAAUUAUCAACAACAAUCCCACCUGGAAGUGAUGGAACACUCCACUGACUACCCAACAAGCUGUCGACAAGAAUACAUGGAUACAUCUGGCUCUUACAAUGAUUACUCUGUGGAAUACCAGGAUAUGGAGCAACCGGAAAGCCUUCCCGAGGAACCUAUGCCCCAACUAGUGGAAGAAAACUCUCAAGAGAUGUACAGUCCACAACCUCAGGAGUCGUUUGAGCAGCUGACUUCACCAGUGCAAUCACCACUGGGCUCCUCUUUGCAUGGGGUACCUCCCAACUCAGUCCCGCAGUCGCCUGUGCAGCGAAGCCCAAGUGCAAUGAGCCCACCUAGUCUGGGUACCUCUCAGUACAAGGCCAGCAGUGUAACAACGCAGCACCGGCAGUCUUUCACUCCUGGCUCAUCCAUGUUAAGUCAGCAGACAGAGAAUGUGAAGAUUACGAGGAAUGUUUCAGACAGUCAGUUGUAUAAUAUGGAAAGCUAUGGGAGCCCACUGAAAGGCGUCUCUCUUCUUCCCCAGUAUGAGCCUGAAUUGCCAGCGCAGGUGCAAUUUCCCAACCUGGUUGCUCAGUUGCAAUCAAUACAAAGCAAGCGCCCAGAGGUACAGGCAAGCUCCUCCAAGGUAGCCAAGAGGGCCAGACUUCCAAGAAACAUGUCGGAUUCAAGGCUGAGCAGCAUGGGCAGAGUGUCUAGGAGCUCUUCCCUGCAUAAUCAGAGUGCAGUAGGGACAGCAAAUAUGACACCACUUGAGCAGAUCCGUGCUCAGGCCAUUGCACAAGGCACCAUGCCACAGGGUCCUACGUACCAAGUAAUGCCAAGAUUCCAAACCCCCGUGGGCCACACCAAGGUACCCAGCUACAAAAGGAAAAGCAAGAUGCCACGGAAUAUGUCAGACUCGUCACUCUUGUACAUGGGUUUACCACAGCAACAUCCGCAGCCGUCUUCAUCUUGGAUCGGACAGCGAGUGCGUAAAAUGUCUGAGCCUAGUUUAGAGGUUGCAAGCUCUAUGGCACAGCAAGCCUUCUCACAGCAGCUUGUGGCAGAGAGUCUGACGCCUACAUCAACACAACUGGUACACUCACUUGCAAGCGGGGUGCGAGAAUCACAUUCAACAUUGAUAGACCAGUUGAGUCAGAUGUCGCAGGCCUCAGCGCAAGUCCCUACUUCAGCGGGUAUUACAUCAGUUCCAGGAGUAGUAGGGGCAGGGAGCCUUCUGGGACAGUUAUUGCUACAGAAUGGGAAUCAGUCCGAAGCAGCAGCCAUGACGACUACUGUUGAUGACAGUAGCCAAGUGAUGAAGCAACUGUUACAGCUUAUUCAACGACAGCAACACCAACAACAGCAGCAGCAACAACAGCAGCAGCAGCAGUCAAGUCAAGCCAUGCAUAGCGGGGAGCUACUUGCAUUGCUUAAAGCUGUAGCUCAGGGUGACUCAUGUAGCGAUGUGGCAUCAUUGUUGCAAGCAUCUUUACAGGAAGGCAACCAGUCUCAACGACAACAACUUAGUCUACAUAAUCAGCAGAUGCAACAGCAACAGAUUCAGCAACAGCAGCAGCUGCAACAGUUGUUACAACACCAGCAAUUACAAAAACAAGCUCCUUAUGCUCAACAGUCAUCCCAGCUAGGUACAAUCCAGCAGACAGCACAAGCAUUGCAGCAGCAGUCCACCCAGUCUCACCAAAAGCAGACUCAACCACAGCAACUUAGCCCGCUACAGCCCUUUGCACCACAGACAUCUCAACCCCUGACUCAGCUGCUUCAGCAGGGUGCCCAGUCACUGCCCCAACUUGUGGCCCAGAUUUCAACAAUGCCAGUAGUUCAGAUGUCAAACCUCGGUAUCCAGACGGUAGCACCGGUGGUUAGGACCACGCCCAUAGCGAUAGCCCCUCAUCCUGGCACUGCAGUGAUGGCAGCACCCAUACAUGCAAGCUCGGUGCUGUCGACCCAGUAUUCUUUGCCGAUAAUGACAAGUGCCACUCAGGGAUCAAAGUUCGCCGUCACACCUCUUCAGCAAAUACUUAGAAGCACAUCGCCUAGUCUGGCAGCUAUGGCAUCAGAGCCAAGCCCAGCACCAGGCUAUCAGCAGUUUCAGGUAUCAAACAACGAACAGUCCUUCACAUCAUCAUUCAGUGACCCACCUGGCGAACACGAACUCUCAUUUGUGUCAUCCAAUGUGAGCACAUUUUCGGCAAGCACCACGGCACAGCCAACAACUGUGUUCCGACAACCCCUCACCACCCCUAGUGCAUCCAAGACCCAAAGAACGAAAGUAUCCGAUCGAGAGCAAUACAAGGAACAUCGACGUAUGUCCCACAUUUCUGCCGAGCAGAAGCGAAGAUGUAACAUCAAGAUGGGCUUUGACCAACUGGCAUCUAUGGUCCCUACCCUAGCCAGCCAGAAAAGCUCCAAAGUCAGCAAAGCCACCGUUCUCCAGAAAACGGUUGAUUACACGACCAGGCUGCAGCAGGAGCGGCAGAGCAUGGCGGACGAGGAAGCGCGACUGAAGAAGGAAAUACAAGAACUCAACACCUCCAUCAACACCUGUCAAUCACAGCUCCCGGCCACAGGUGCCCCGGUCAGCCGGCAGCGAGUGGAUCAGAUGCUGACGUUGUUCAGUAAUCAUGUGAAAGACAGAACGCAGGAAAACUUCAAAUUCUGGAUUUUCAGCGUGCUUCUGCGACAGUUGUUUGAGUCAUAUAAUAGCUCCGUAUCCACAACAAACCCAGAGGAGUUCUGCCGUACGGUCCUUGCUUGGCUGGACCAACACUGUACCCUACCAUCUCUGAGACCAGCCGUUCUUGCUGCGUUACGAGACAUUAGCCGGACUACAUCAAUCCUCUCGGACCCCUCCCUGGUACCAGGAGAGGCCCGCCAAGCAGCCAGUGGGAGUGACCCCACUAACCUUUCCGACAGCGGAGCUUCAGCAGGGCGCGGGGCCGUUGCGGAGAACUUCUUCGGUGGCGGAGCUGGGUAGCUCGUCUACAUAACAUGUAGAGAUAACUUGUGGAUGCUUUGUUAAUAUAUAACUCCUCCGGCCGGUCUUGAUAGUCGCGACCCAAGGAUAACUGUUAUUAACCCUACAAAUUAAGUAACUCUAUAAACACUUUAAUUUAUGUAUCUUUAUGUAUCUCGAACUUGUUUGGACGCAAAUAUGCUCGGGCCUCUAUCUUAUGUAGUAACAAAACAUAUAUUCUAAGAAUCCUUAGUAUGUUAAGAAACUGGUUUUGGGUGUUAACGUAGCGAAAAACUUUUCCAUAAUGUCCAUAUUGUCACAUUUUGGGGGAAUGAAUGAUAUUUUUUUUGUUAUUUAACAGCAAGAAUAUUGAAGUAAACUGCUAGCCUAACAUUAGUUUUUUUUUCUUGUAAAAAUGUAAAAAGCUAUAUAUAAAUAUAUAUAUUCGCGCAUAUUUUGCGCAUUUAAAGUAUAAAAGACAACCAAGAGGCUUGAAGGGUUUGAAGUUCCGUUAUUGGGACUAUUAACAUUAAAGCUAGACCAUACGAAACGAAAUGUUCGACUUUUCUGCGAGAAAGAAAGAGCUAAUAUAAACAUCUGCAGGCAAAAAUAUGAUUAAAAUCAUAAUCUUAUAA